UUUUGGUUCCUUUUCAAAAAAUUCAAGUUUUCUCUCUCAAACUUCACGUCAACCAAAAAUGGUGAUUUUUGUCUGAAACACGUUCUCUCCCCCCCCCUCUCUAGAUUCCAGUUUCUCUCUCUACUGUAUCUUUAGAGAAAGGGCGUUUACGGCGGAGGGAGAGAGACGAUGGAGAGAGAGGGAAAUCACAAUCUACCAGCGGAAGCUAUUCGGGAGCGGAAGAAUUGAAAAUUUAGUUUGAGGUUUUGUGUGUAAGCCAAAACAAUCGCCAUUGAUAGGGUUUUAAGGAACUUUGAGAAGAAGAAAAAGCUUAAAACUUUUUCUGCAGAGGCUGAGCAGGAGAAGAUAGAGAGAGCCGAUAAUGAGUGUCAAUAUUUCAAUGUGAAUCUGGAAGAGACCGAUUCAUCAGAGAAACGAGAAGAUCUCGCUUGUCUCUACUCGCAGGUGCGCUCUGACUUUGAAGGAUCGGACAACCACUUUACUUGGCUUCUUGGCAUCUGAAUCAAGGACUAGCCCUUUUGGGAGUGGUGUUCAAGAUUGUGGAUUAAGGCUAUGAGCUUGAUGAUGGAGAUUUUGUAAAGGGUUGUGUAAUACCGAGCUGAAGAUGAAACCCAUUACACCCCUGGACUAUGCCAUCUUCCAACUUUCCCCGAAACGAUCAAGAUGUGAAUUGUUUGUCUCUAGUGCCGGGAAUACUGAGAAGCUGGCUUCUGGACUAGUGAAGCCAUUUGCUGUUCACUCAAAAGUCGUGGAAGAACAGGUUGCCGAGGCAGUCCAGUCUAUCAGGCUACAAGUUGAAAGCAACAUAAAUGCUGAGACUUGGUUCACAAAAGGGACACUUGAGAGGUUUGUUCGGUUCGUUAGUACACCUGAGGUCUUGGAAUUGGUAAAUGCAUUGGAUGUGGAGAUGUCCCAGUUGGAAGCAGCCCGGACAAUAUAUACUGAGGGGACUAGUGAUCAGAAGUUUGCGUCGAGAGCUUUUCUUGGUUCAGAUGGCACGGGAGCUAUGGCGGCAGCCGAUGAGACAAAGAAGGAGCUACUGAGAGCUAUUGAUUUACGACUGGCUGCAGUUAGGCAGGACCUAGCAACCGCAUGUAAUCGUGCUUCAGCCGCCGGUUUCUAUCCUGACGCUGUCUCUGAAUUAAGGCAAUUUUCUGAUCGAUUUGGAGCCACUCGCUUGAAUGAAGCAUGCACCAGAUUUAUCUCACUUUGUCAAAGAAGGCCAGAGCUCAUCAGUUCUAUGAGAGCCACUUUAGAAGACGAAGGCAUACGAGCUUCUUGUGGAUCUGAUAUGUCUAAAGAUGAUCAGAGCGAAGACCAUUCUGGAAUGGAGGAAUCUCAACUUCCGACUUUUCACCAGUCCAGAUCCAGUCUCAACUUUUUCAUGCAACAGAGUAGCGACCAAAGUGAAAAGAAUGAAGAAGAGGAUAAGGGUCCAAAGGUGAAUGAGCAAUCGGCAAGUCAGACCAAACAACUCACAAGAAGGCUUAGCGUUCAGGAUAGAAUCAAUCUCUUUGAGAACAAGCAAAAAGAGGGUUCGAGUUCUGGAGGGAAACCAGCUGUAUGCAAAGCCAUGGAGGUGAAAAGACUCUCUUCUGACUUACCGUCUUCUACGGGUAUGGAAAAGUCUGUGUUACGGAGGUGGAGUGGUGCUAGUAGUGACAUGAGCAUUGAUUUGGGAAAUGACAAGAAGGACGGUGCUGAUGAUAGUCCAUUGUGCACAACCUCAUUCUCCAAAGAUGGAAGCAAUAUAUAUCCAAAACAAUCUGUCAACAAUGGCCAAAAAGCUCAAAAUGGUUUGAGUGAUUCUGCAAACUCUCACAGAGUCGAGGAAAAACAUAGUUUUGACGUUGUUGGUGAUCCGGGAUUGAUGGACCAAGUAGAGUUUCAGAAUUCGAGUUCUAUUUUCUUGAAGGUGCAAUUGAAUAUGAACAGUGGGAACGGAGGAACGGAGGAAACUCAGAAGAAAGAGCUUAUAUCUUCAGAUAGGAAUCCAUCAUUGGCUGAAGAGAAAUCAGUUUCUGCAGUUUCUGAACAGAUGAAAAGGGCUUAUGAUCCAAGCACUGGAAUUUGUUCUGCUGAUGAGAUUGUUUCAGAGAAUGAUGCUCUGAUACGUCCAUUGCCAUCGGAGGAGCACGUACAAAGGGCUAGACCAACAAAGGGAAAUCAAAAACUGAAUGACGAGUUGAAAACGAAAGCGAACGAGCUUGAAAAGCUAUUUGCUGAACAUAUGCUCCGUGUUCCUGGGGAGCAAUCCAGUGCUUCUCGACGAAGCAAGUCCGGUGGAAAGCCGAGUGAACAGCUUAGAAGCCCUGCAGCUCCGGAAUCGUUUCCUCCACAACUACCCGAUAGGAAGACAAUGGCGAAACCUGCUUUAAGAUCAAGCGAUUCAGACAACUUCAGAACUCCACCAAGAACGAAGAUGGUUGAGAACAUUGAUUAUGGGGAUACUAUGAGGCAGAGAUUUCCUGAUCUCAGCUUUUCUGGUGAUUCAAAAGGAAAGUUUUACGCAAAGUAUAUGGAGAAAAGAGACGUGAAGUUGAGGGAAGAAUGGAGUUCUAGAAGGUCUGAGAAGGAAGCCAGAUCGAAGGCAAUGCAAGACUUACUCGAUCACAGAAGUGCUGAGAUGAAGGCCAAAUUUUCUACUUCUGCAACAAAAAGUGAUUCAAAUGCCCGACGAAAAGAGAAACUCGUGUACUUCAAAUCUAUGUCGGAUGCUAAAAAGGAACAGCAUCCAAUCAGCUCAUUUCAGAGUGAAGAAGAUGAGGAUGUAUCCAAGAGCUCUCGGAAUAAGAAGCUUCAACAAAACAGAAAUCAUAUCUUGACUAUUCGAACUCCGGCUGCAUCAGCUUCACGGUCAGAAGCUAAAGUUUCUACAACCAGAACUGUGAGGAGGAGAGGGCAAUCAGACAAACCUCUUGCACAAUCUGUCCCUAACUUCUCUGACAUCAAGAAGGAAGGCAUGAAGCCAUCCUCCGGAGCUGAAAAAACAGGUCCCCGUUCACAGGCGAGAAAUCUUGCCCGACCCAAGAGUAUAAAUGAAGAAGAAAAGCUGCUGAGACAGGUAAACCUCGGGAAAACUGCUUCUGAAGCUGCUGAGUUGGCAGAGUGGUCUCUUACAAAGUUUGAUGAUGAUGUCGCUGUCCCUCUGAAUCUUGACCAGGAGCAAAAUGAUAGAGAAUGUAGCAAUCUUGGACUCAGUAUCUGUUCUGAUAUUGCCAAGGUAAAAGCUUCAGCGGGAUCAGAAAGUUUCAGAAAUGAAGGGAAGUAUAGUGAGCAUGCCCUUGAUGAGUCUGAGGGAUCAGAGGAAAUGGGGAAAGAGGUGGUGGAAGAAGAUCUUGAGGCCAUGGAAGUGGAAGUCUGUACCGAUACAGAAAAUGUGAAACAAAGACUAAGCCAAGGGUUUGAGGAUGCCUCAAAUGCCCAAUUGCCUGUUACUAUGUUGACUUCAAGGCGUCAAACCGUUGCCUCGUUGAUGGAUUCACCGGGUGAAAGCCCAGUUUCUUGGAAGCAUCAAUUUUCAUUUCCAAACAAGGCCUCUGAUUUUGAUCCUUCUGUGGAUUCUCCAGUGGGUAGUCCCUGGAAUUUUCCUUCUCUUAACCAAAUGGAGGAGGAUGCAACUCAAAUGAGAAAGAAAUGGGGAGGAGCUGCCCAGAAACGUGUAGCUGCUGGUAACAAUCCAUAUCAUAACCAACCCCGAAAGGACGUGACAAAAGGGUUGAAAAGGCUACUAAAUUUUGGAAGGAAACCCCGUGGAACGGAGAGUUUGGUCGACUGGAUAUCAGCUACAACAUCUGAAGGAGACGAUGAUACAGAAGAUGGUGGAGAUCCUGCAAAUCGAUCAUCAGAAGACUUGAGAAAGUCUAGAAUGGGAUUUUUACAGAGUCAUCCCUCUGAUGAGAGCUUCAACGAGAGCGAACUGUUCAACGAACAACAAGCUGGUGAUUCCAUCCCAGCUCCUCUGAUGAACUUUAAAGCCCCAAGGUCGUUCUUUUCGCUCUCCAAUUUUCGUAGCAAGGGAAGUAGUGAUUCAAAGCCAAGAUGAAGAGCUCGAGAUUCAAGUUCUUGCAAUCAAUAAAAAUCUCAUUCGACGACAUAGAGGAGCGAUAUAUACACAUAUAUAUAUAUACAUAUAUGUAUAAAUAUAUAUGUGGUAGGGAUGACAUGAGCAUGAGCGUGAAAUAUUCUGCAUGCAAUAUUAUGUGCUUGAAUAUUACCUCUGUCUGCGAAUAUUAUGAAUAAAUAGUCAUAAUUCUUUUGUUACAACUGAUGUAAAGAUUAAAAAGAAUAUAACUUGGAGAUAAAGUAAUUUUGAUUGUUAUA